ACUAAAACCUCAAUAAAAAGAACAAGAAGUUAUCACAGUUCGCCACCGAGCGACGAAGAAUCUUUAUCCAAGACCAUGGAUAACUGUAGCACGGCUUUUAGUAGUAAUUCUCAGACUCCAAUGUUAAGCCAUCCUCCUGUGAACCGCUACAAUUUCUCUAUCUCUCUGCCACAAAAUCUGUUUCGUCGCCGCAAGUGGGGCCAUAAACUUGACGAUGAUGCAUUAGCACAAGCUUUGAUGGAUUGUAAGAAUCCAACUGAAGGAUUGGAGAAUUAUGAGGAGUGGACUGUUGAUCUGAAAAGGCUUGUCAUGGGUGCAGCGUUUGCUGAAGGAACUUUCGGGAAGUUAUUUAGAGGGAAAUAUAAUGGAGAGGAUGUUGCGAUCAAGAUAUUAGAACGACCAGCAGAUAAACCUGAGAUUGCACAGGCUCUGGAACGGCAGUUUCAGCAGGAAGUUAUGAUACUUGCGACACUGAACCAUCCAAAUGUUGUGCAGUUUAUAGGAGCAUGCCGUAAGCCAAUGGUUUGGGGCAUUGUCACAGCAUACGCAAAGGGAGGCUCAGUUCGACAGUUUUUGAAAAACAGGCAGAAUCGUCCGAUGCCAUUGAAGUUGACAGUGAAGCAAGCAUUAGAUGUUGCAAAAGGAAUGGCAUAUAUUCAUGGACUCGGGUUCAUUCACAGGGAUUUGAAGUCAGAUAACCUUUUAAUUGCGGCAGAUAAAUCGAUAAAGAUUGCGGAUUUUGGCGUUGCACGUAUCCAAGUUCAUUCCGAGGGAAUGACACCCCACACAGGAACAUACCGUUGGAUGGCUCCGGAGAUGAUUCAAAACUGGCCUUACACGCAAAAGGUGGAUGUUUAUAGCUUUGGAAUCGUACUUUGGGAACUGGUCACCGGCUUGCUUCCUUUCCAAGGAAUGACAGCACUGCAGGCAGCUGCUUGCGUGGUUCAAAAUGGUGCAAGGCCAGCCAUUCCCAAGGAUUGUCUCCCUAUUCUGAGUGAAAUAAUGACCCGCUGCUGGGACGCUGACCCUGAAGUCCGUCCUCCCUUUUCCGACAUUGUGAAUAUGCUCGAGACUGCUGAAACUGAGAUCAUGACAACUGUUCGCAAGGCUCGCUUCAGGUGCUGCAUGACUCAACCAGUGAUAGUCGACUGA